AUCAGCCUUUAGUUAGUCUCCCUUCUACAACCUUAUCCCUCCUUACUUAAAAAUAAAAACUACUAACACACAUCAAGAAUAACAACAUUGUUUUUAGCCCUUCUUAUCUCCUCUCUCCCAAAUAUCCUGUUUCUUCGAGUUGCGGUGGCCAGAACCAAUAGAAACCUCUUCCUGCUAUUGGCUGACUUCACUUCCCAACGUUAGCACAAUCUCAUCCGCUCCAAACACCGCUUAGUGGAACCUCAACUAGCUUGCUGUCCAGAAAAAAAAAUAUUAGAAUUUAUACCAGUGUGUUUUACCAGGACUGAGAGGUCCUGAACAAAUAUGGCCAGCACCAUUAAGGAAGCGUUGUCGGUGGUGAGUGAGGACCAGUCGCUGUUCGAGUGCACCUACGGAACGCCCCACCACGCCAAGGCUGAGAUGGCGGCGGCGGCGGCCAGCGAGUAUGGCCAGACGGCCAAGAUGAGCCCCAGGGUGCACCAGCAGGACUGGCUGUCCCAGCCGCCCACCCGCGUCACCAUCAAGAUGGAGUGCAACAGUGGACAGGUCAACGGCAACAGAAACUCUCCUGACGAAUGCAGCGUGGGGAAGAACGGGAAGCUGUCCAGUGGAGGAGAGGGCAGCACCCCUGUCACUUACAGCAGUUACCUGGAGGACAAGCACAUCGCUCCCCCCAACAUGACCACCAAUGAGCGCCGCGUCAUUGUUCCCGCAGAUCCCACACUCUGGUCCACGGAGCAUGUGCGCCAGUGGCUGGAGUGGGCAGUUAAAGAGUAUGGCCUGCUGGACGUGGACGUGGCUCUCUUCCACAACAUGGACGGCAAGGACCUGUGCAAGAUGAGCAAGGAGGACUUCCAGAGGCUCACGCUCAGCUACAACGCAGACAUCCUGCUCUCCCACCUGCACUACCUCAGAGAGACUCCACUUCCUCACUUGACUUCCGAUGAUGUUGACAAAGCCUUACAAAUCCCGCGGUUAAUGCAUGCUCGCAACACAGGAGGUGCAAGUUUUAUUUUCCCCAACACUCCCGUUUAUCCCACUGACAACUCCCCCAGAGUCUCCACUAGGCCAGACCUGGCAUAUGAAGCAGCCAGAAGAGCUGGAUGGCCUACACAAGCUGUGUCUUCCACCAAAGGUUCCCAGCCCUCCCCAGUCAUUGUCACCAAAACAGAGGAGCAGAGGCCUCAGCUAGAUCCUUACCAGAUCCUGGGGCCCACGAGCAGCAGGCUGGCAAACCCCGACGUUGGCCGGGACUCAAACAAACCGCAAUCCGCCGACAUCGCACUACUCUUGAGCUUUAAAGGCUCGGGACAGAUACAGUUGUGGCAGUUCCUGCUGGAGCUCCUGUCAGACAGCACCAACUCCGGCUGCAUCACCUGGGAGGGCACCAAUGGCGAGUUCAAGAUGACCGACCCUGACGAGGUGGCGAGGCGCUGGGGCGAGAGGAAGAGCAAGCCCAACAUGAACUACGACAAGCUGAGCCGUGCCUUGCGCUACUACUAUGACAAGAACAUCAUGACCAAGGUGCACGGCAAGCGCUACGCCUACAAGUUUGACUUCCACGGCAUCGCCCAGGCCCUGCAGCCCCACCCGCCAGAGUCCUCCAUGUACAAGUACCCCUCCGAUCUGUCCUACAUGAGCACCUACCAUACACACCAGCAGAAGGUCAACUUCGUCACGCCCCACCCCCAAGCGCUACCCGUCAACUCCUCCAGCUUCUUUGCUGGCCCCAACCCCUACUGGAACUCUCCCACUGGAGGUAUCUACCCCAACACCCGGCACCCAGGCGCUCACAUGCCCUCCCACCUGGGCACGUACUAUUAGACCUGCCAAGGGAGGGGCAUCUUGCUAUGCUAAAACUGGAGGAAGAAACGGGAAAACAUAAAGGGUUUCUGUUUGGAUAGUGUCAGAACCAAACAAAAACAGGGGCAGGGUCAAUAAUGAAGACAUUUGGUAGAGGUAGGGUAACUGGUGUAAGUCUAGGGCAUGAGCAGGUGAGGAAACUGUAAAGGUUCUGUAAAGGAUUAAGAGGAGGGCUACAGACAUGUCGCUAUAAGAUGAUAUAGGAGGGAAAACUGUAAAUGUAAAAAGGGCAAUAGUGGACGUUACUAUGAGCAAGGGCAUUGUGCGACAUGUAGCUUCUGAGAACAGUGAAAGAUAAGUCUUUGAGUAGAAUUAAAAGGGAGUUAUCAGUGGACUAUAUAACAUGAUCAUGUCCUUUUUAUAAAGGUCGCUAAAUAUACCCCAAAAAUACAAUAGCUGCAUGAACAGUUACUUAUUAUAUAUGUUUUAAAACUAUUAAACUACCUUUUUUAAUGAAGUAAACAUAUCAAAGACUGUAAAGAUGAGGCAAGAUAAGUAAGAUGUAAGUGUGGAGAGGGGUGUGGUGUGACAGAUGAGUGUGUACUUCAGAGGAAGUAGGGAGAAGUACUAAACUUGGCUUUAGUAAACUGUGAAACAAGCACCAGCAGGAAACACCUUGAGUAGAUGUGUGCUAGAUGGUCAUGUCACAUGACCGUGCAUGUACUCAGAGACUGUUUGUGAACAAAGGUGGGGCAACAUCAGAGAGGACGGCGGAUCAUGAAAGACACUGAAAUAUGUGAAAAAUUAAGUAUUAUUCCUUUGGAUAUAAACUGCCUUAUGUCUUAUCAGUAUUAUUAUACUACAUAGUAGUGCGUAUGGCAUUAUUGAACGUAAAGGGAAGAUUCUUUUACUUGACUGUUAUUCUUAAAGAGAGUGCCUUGAAAUCAAUUCAUCUGUGUUUUGGAAAUUUUGAAAAACUGGAAUUAAGCACGAUUCGUAAAAUGUUGUGUGUGACCUCAAAUCUUUUUAUAAGGAAGGAGGAGUUUUCUUGACCACAGUGACUUACCACAGAAACUCCCAGUUCAGCUGAAGAGAUUUUACAAAGUUCCAAUUUUGUAUUAUUGUUUUUCUGAGUCGCGAACGCUGUGCGUUUGUUAGAUUGAAGUAUACAAGUCAGUGUUAUAUUUCUUUUUAUAUGAUACAUUUAUAACUUAUGCAAUAUAUACACUACGAGUUGAUCUCAGCCAGCCAAAGACACAGACAAUGUUUUUAUAAUAGAUAUGGUGACAAAAAAGUCAUUGAAAUAGACUAAAGAAGGCAGUUGUGGCCUUUGAACUUUAUGCUCUGUAAACAGUUUACAACAUAAACUAUAUAUACUAAAUAUAAAAACUGAUUGUGUCGGCCAGGCAAGUCAUUUCAGACCUGUUCAGUAUUAUUUUAUGGGAUGCAGGCUUGGGUAGAACACUUAUAAGCUGCCAGCCUUGUAAGCUGAGAAACAGGACUGAGAUACUGAGAUUGUUUACUAAAGGGACCAUAAAAAUGAUAUACUUUGAUAGAUUUUCUACUGUGUCAUUUCUAAUAAAGUAUCUUCAACCAAAGUGCUGUCCUCUCUUGUCUCAGAAGGUGACAGAUUGUGUGUUAUUGUGCCCUGUCUGCAUGCAGUAUAAAGAGGAGUUGCCCCCAUUAUUUUGACCCAACACAGUCAAUGUAUUCCAACAACCAAACGACAAACCUCCUUUGGCUCUACCCUGAGUGUUGCCACAACAACAGAGAUGAGGAGUAGAGCAGUGUGGGAUGGGGGUAAUGGAAUCUUAUUGAGCUUUUUUAUAGAUAAAACAUCCCUUCAAUCUCAUGGUAUAUGGAUCAUAUAUUCUUGAAAGCCAAUGGUUUAUUCAGAGAUACAGAUGGAACACAGCUUUUAAGCAUUACACAGCCAUUAUCUCAAACUAGUUUUGUUAUAUCCCCAUCUACCUUUUGAGUGAAAUAUGUAUAAUUCAUUAAAAUAUACAA